CUUAACGGAAUCGAAAAGAAACCACGCAUUCGAAUAUCUAUCUGGUACGUGACAUUUUCAGCUUGUCUUGAUCAAUAAGGCUGGCACUACAGCGCGUUAUUAGGGAAUUGCCCUUUUCACCUGUGAUAUCCCCCCCCACAGUUUACAGGUCGCGAAAACCCCUUAGAUAUAGCUAAUUCGAUUAACAUCAAUAGCCACCCCCGCCCCUUACCCAGUAAAUCAGUCACCCUUUACCUCUCACCGACAGUUUCCAGCAGAUAUCAGUAAAACCUAUCUUAAUGGGCUCAGAGGUACGGAAAUCGGUCGAAAAAGUGCUCACAAGCGCCCAGCGAAUCGCAGUCAUUGGAGCCGGACCGUGUGGUGCUGUGGUGACCAAAGCACUCCUAGCCGAAAACUGCUUCAGCCACAUCCAGGUAUUUGAGCAACGCGCGACGUUCGGUGGUCUCUGGAACUUCAAUACACACCAGAAUACCGACCACGUUCCGUCCAUUGACCCAUGGUACACGCCAAGUCCCACAAUUGCCACUGGUGCGGAUAUUGCAUCCUCCAACUUGGAUGAGGAGGCCUACAAGGGGGUGAAUCCGGAGAAGGACGGGGCAGAAUAUGCCUGGCUAAGCGCGAUAUAUGAACUUCUUGAUACCAAUGUGCCCUCUCCCCUCAUGGAGUAUCACGAUUUGCCGUUCGGCCCGGAGCUCCCAUUGUUUCCGUCGCAUUUGGACGUGUUGAAGUACAUGCAAGCAUUUGCGCGUGGCAUUGAGUCACAUGUGAAGUUCGGUACUAAAGUGGUGAGCGUGGAGCAAGACAACAGUCUAAAGUGGAAUGUGGUGCACAGAGCUGUGUCCCUGGGUACCCAUGGUGGAGCUGAUGCUUCAGACGAUGUCACGGAGACGUUUGAUGUGGUGGUUAUGGCUACCGGAAACUACGAUACGCCGUACAUUCCUGUGAUUACGGGACUCGCGGAAUGGAACGAACGGUACCCGGGAUCUAUCACUCAUUCUAAGGCGUUCAAGCACCCAAGGGACUUUACGGCAGUAAAGAAGGAAGGUGAGAUUGUGGUUGUCGGAAACUCGGCCUCUGGUGCCGAUAUCGCCUUCCAAUUAGCUACAUACUUUGAACAAACAAUUUACCAGUCUGUCAGGUCCGAAAACUCUCAACCAGCGGGGGCCAAUCCUCACAUCGUAAAGAUCGGGGAGAUCGGCUCAGUUGAUAAGAGCCUGAAGAUUGUUUUGUUAAAGAACGGAGAAACGCUCACAAACGUGGCGGCAAUUGUGUUUGCCACAGGUUAUUUGAAAUCGUUCAAGAUGUUGGAAGCGUUGAACCGUGAGAGCGAAAACAAGCUCAUCACUGAUGGGGCCCGUGUGCAUGGCUUAUACGACCAUAUGUUAUCGUUGCACCACCCCGGUUUAGUGUUUAUAGGCUUACCACGGUUUGUAUUGCCUACCCAUAUAGCUGAAUCCCAGGGUUCCUGGCUUACGGGGGUGCUUGCCGGCAGAAUUGCCUUACCAGAAGAAUCCGUCUUAACCAGCUGGGAGGGCGAGAGAGUGCUGUCCCACGGUAAUGGCAGGUAUUUCCAUGACAUGCAGUUUCCCGAGGAUGUGGCUUACUAUCUGAAAUUGAACAGGCAGGUGUAUGAAUCAGGGGGCUGUGGUUAUGUUCCAGGGGAGUGGUCAGAGGAGCGCGUGAGGAUCCGAGCCUCCACCAAAGCGAUAAAGGAAGCGUAUAUCAAAAUGGAAGAAAUCACGGGAAGAAAGGCGUCUUCUGUUGCAGACUUGGUUGAAGCGGGAUACUUCAAGUGGCCUGAGUCAUGAAUAUGAAGAUUGGCUGUACGGGUACUCAAUUGGCUAAACUUCAGGUUGGAUGCUAAACAUAGUGAUAUAUAGACAUUAGAGGGAUUUAGAGUUAAGAUUCGUCGACGAUAGAUUUAUUUAUAUACGUAC